AUGCAUAGGCAUCUAAACGUCAUUCUGUUCGUCGUUCAUUCAAUUCAUUCAGCGGACGAUGAUACAAAUCAUGAUACUUUAGUCGAUGAAGAUGCAAUGGAUGUUGAUAGUACGAUUGUUACUGAUAAAGAUUCUUCAUCAUUUGUUACUUUUGAUUGUAUCGAACCAGUGUGUGUCAUGCAAUUUCGACGUGAAGAUCGUCUUCGCGCACAUCUUCUUCUUGAUUCUCAUAAAAUCGUUAUUCCGCCUUUUCGGCUUCUCGAUAAGGCAGCUAUCAUGUACAAAGAAUCAUUGGAAAAUGAUAAUCCAAAGCAAAUACCUGUUCUAUCGGCUGUCGGUACUACUGCAAAGAAAUUAAUGAUUCCAACGGUUGACUUGGAAGAGGGUUGGGCUCUUUUUCGUCUUCGCGCAAACGCUAGAUUUACGGCUGCUCAGCGGUCUUAUCUGAAUUAG